UAUACAGUUUUGGGGCAGGCUUGUGUAUUUUUUCCUCGGCUUGUUUUCACUCGGAGUUGGCAAAACAAAUGUGUGCCGUGGAGUCACGAGACGGUGGAUCACAGUUCAGGUGGAUCUAGAUGAUGGACACGGAGAAGAGAGUCCAAAGGAGUACACGCGGACUACACGAUCAGAUUUCACCGCUGCAUUUCACGAAUCAGUAACAUCAAACAUUUUCUCAGACUCGUAUGACAACAGCGGUCGGUCACUGGCCGCAGGACAGUGAGUGUCUGAUUGCCGAGCUUGAUUUGCUACCUUGCUGCGGAGUUGCUGUCGCGCUUACCUGUUUAUAUGAGUUUUGAAUGCGUAACGAGCUUUACAUUGGCGAGACCACUUGUUGAAAUCUCACGAAACUAAGUUCAGUAUUGGGUGAAAUAAGAUUGAUUGAAUUUACCAUACAAGUGGGCCGUUUGAAGAGUCGAACGACUGUUGGUUGUCAUUUAAGUUACGGUUCGUUUGUGAUAUUUCGAUUGUGUCAUAUCGCUCAUUAGCAGGUUAACGUUAGCUGUCACGGCUGACUUUAUCCUGUACCUGACCGAGCAAUAUCGAUCAAUUACUCACAUUUAGACAGUUAUAUCACCAACUGUCUAUCUUAAUUCAUAAAUAAUGGUGGGCUCUUAAAUAUUUAUGCGGAAUAACAAAAAUAUACAUAAUUUAAAUUGUUCUCGUCAGAAUCUAAAGUAUUUAGCUCGCUAGCUAGGGUCGUUACUGAACCUGUUUCGUAAAUCCAAGUGAAAUACUUAACGUUAAGCUUUUCUGUUUGGCGUUGCACAGUAUUACACAUUUUUUCCUAUUUCCCCCACGAUACAAAGCAAGAGCUUGUUUAAGUUAGUGAUGCCAAACGAAACCGUCAUAAACGCUUGAAUAUUUAGCGAUGUCCAGUUUCCUGACAAAACUUUUAGCAAAUUCGGCUCAUCGCCUUCAUACAAAUAUUGCCGUAUAAGGAAUUCCUAUAUAUCAUCGUUACUUUGCACUUAAGCUGAAUUAAGUCCAUUAAGUUGUUAAUAAUACGGUUUCAUCGCGUUUUCCAGCUCAUUAAUGGUGGCAAAGCUCUUGUCAUUAAAGCGACCUCGUCAAACCUCUCUAAAGCAUCUGGACUGCACCCUUACACGCAUUUCAGACAUGGAAGGACAACUUAAGCACAUUUGACUUGUAUAUCGACAACAUUCAACCGUCAGUUCCCUGCGAAGUUGAUCUCGAAACUCUGCGGCCCAACCAUGUCUGGAUCCCCGGGCUCGAGUGGCUCCAACCCGCGGAAGUUCAGCGAGAAGAUCGCGCUGCACAACCAGAAACAGGCGGAGGAGACGCGGGCCUUCGAGCAGCUCAUGACAGACCUCACCGUCUCAAGGGUGCAGUUCCAGAAGAUCCAGCAGCUCCGUCUGUCACAGAACCGGGCACAGUACUAUGGUGGCUCGCUGCCCAACGUCAACCAAAUAGGCAAUGCCAGCACUGAUUUCCAGGGGACUUUUCCCUCCGGACUGGACUCUGUGCGAGGGACCAGACACCAUGGUCUGGUGGAAAGGGUACAUCGAGACCGCAAUCGGAUCAACUCACCACACCGCAGGCCCAUUGACAAGCACGGGCGGCAGGCUGAGAGCUCUCCAUAUGGAACGAUGUACCUUUCUCCUCCCCCUGACAACAGCUGGAGAAGGGAGCAACCGCCAUGGACCGAAGAGAAACGACCUGGAUUUAGAUUAUUAUCACAGCUUAACAGAACAAACUCUGACUCAGCUCUGCACACCAGCGCCAUGAGCCCAAACCCACAGGAUCCUUUUGGCAAGAACCAGCAGAUGGGCAGAGGACCUCCUCAGCGAAACGGUGAGCUCGGACUCCUCCUCCUCAAACAUACUGUAGUUUUAAAAGCCAUUGUUAUUGCAUGGCAUAACAGUGUGGUUGAAACAGAAAUUUGGGCGUCUGAGACCGGCAGCUUUGCUGAAGCGGUGGAGCUGGUUGAUCUGGCUCUGGGCCCACACUGUAUCGGUUCUGGGCCAACCAGCAUCAGCAGAGGAAGCAGAAAGGAGGUGCAGUCUCUGUCCUCCCGGCCAAAGUCCUGUGAAGUGCCUGGAAUCAAUAUAUUCCCAUCUCCAGAGCAGAACGCGGGUUUGUCUCACUACCAGGGCACGCUAAACACUGGCGGGUCUCUUCCUGACCUCAGUAACCUGCACUUCCCCUCUCCGCUGCCCACUCCGCUGGACCCCGACGAGGCUGGAUAUCCCAACCUGAGCGGAGGCAGCAGCACCGGCAACCUUCCCGCAGCCAUGAUGCAUCUGGGCAUCGGAAACUCACAAGGGCUGUCAUCCUCUCUAAGCAACCCUUCCAUCCAGGCAUCCCUCACCAACUCUCAGCUGCACUCGUCUCUCAGCAAUCCAUCAAUCCACACGUCUCUGCGUCUCUCCUCGCUGUCCAACCCUCCUUCGACGGGCAUGGCGAGUUCACCCAGGAGACGGCCGGCCCCCAUUAGUCCCCUGACACUCUCUCCAGGGGGCGAUCAGAGGCGAAGCCUGGGCAAGCAGCUCUCCCCGACAAUGUCGCCCUCUCUGUCCCCGAUCACACAGGGGGUUGCAUUGGACACCAGUAACUUGCCGAUGGAGCCGCCCCCUCCCUACCCCAUUUACCAGCAAACCCAGCAGCCCCUGCAGCAACAGCCUCCUCCUCAGUCCCAUCCGUCUAUGCAGCAGAGCUCCCAGCAUCCAGGGGUGCAGCAACGAGCAACAGGUGGCCAACAGCAGCAACAACAGCACCAGCCUGUGUCCCCGCUGCAGAACGUCCCACUCGACUUUAAUUCCAGCGCUCACAACAGCAUGGGAGCAUUUUUCAACGAUCCCUUUAUGGAGCAGCAGUUUUCUGGACGUCAGUCCAAGUGUUCGUCCUAUCAGCAGGAUCAGUAUAAUAUGUUGGAGAAUGUCAUGAGCUCUAUGGCAGGAGGAUUUGACCCUUCCUCCAACCUCUACUGCUCCCAGACUGCCCUCAUGGGCUUAGGUGGCAGUCAUGGCAACCUGCAAGACCACCUUCAGAUGAGACCCAACAUGCUCUACUCUAAUUGUGGAGGAGGAGUGCCCAACAUCAUCCUUACAGAUGACUCCAAUCUCAGCCUGUCUAAGGACAUCAGCAGUGUGUUGUCCGCAGUGCCAGAGUGUUUGGACUCAGAAGGAGUUUUUCCACUGGAGGAUGAACUACGUAUCGAGCCGCUCAGUUUGGACGGACUGAGCAUGCUCAGUGACCCCGAUAUGGUCCUCCCUGACCCCUCAGUAGAGGACAGCUUUCGCAGCGACAGACUUUAAAGAGCCACAUCAUGCAUGUAUACAUGCAUACAUACAAGUCCAUGAACAUGACGACUAAAGCACAGAGCCUAUAGCACUCAGACUUCUAUAAACAUAAAAAGAUCUUUACAUUUUCCUAAACGCAAAGUGCAUGCAUAAACACUACAUGUUGACAUAAAGUGAAUCAUCACGCUCGCAUGAGUCACCCAGACGCCGUCUCUCAGUGGCCGCCAUUGCUCAGCAUGCUCCAUCUGCCUCCCAAGACAUCGUUCAUCACUCAGCAGAUGUGUGAAGCCAAUCUGGAUGCUUCACACGUGCUUUGAUUUGUAAAGACAAUGAAACAAACAAACAUGAACCUGCCGUGUAUCUACUCCUUGUGCCGAGUGACAAUCAGAACACAGAAGCCAUAGCAAUGCCAAACCGAUGACUGGAUCGGGCUGUUGCAUUGCUGGUCUAUUUCAAAGCCAUGCAACCAAAACAAAAUGAAUGUGCUUGUUUUACAUAUUGCUUUUGGAUUUUAUUAGAGGGUCACAGCAGCUUUCAGUGACAUUUCGAUAACAGCGAAAGGAUGGGACGGUCCUGAAUGCGGAGACGGUGAGAAGAUGACAAUAUGACGUGUUAUGGAACAGAAGGAGUCGACAGCCGGCCUAAUACCAGCCCAUAUUGAUGCACCAAAUGCUGUGAUACGAGACACCAGCAGGAUGGGUUGAGCUUUCCCCCUAGCCACGCAACCCAAACUCUUUUUCAGUACCAAGACAGAACAUGUUCGGUGUCCUGAACCGUCUGGUUCGGGCUACUGAGUAGCAGACACAUCUAAAUUAACCAGCAGUCUCUGGUGUCACUGCCUGAAGCUUGGAGCAUGCGCUAAGCUAACCGCAUGAUAAUGCUGUGGUUUUCUGACCAAUCAGCGAUCACUUUGCUGGCACGUAGGUGAGCCAAAGCCACUCGUACAUGCUCAGUCCAUCCUUCAGAAUGUGGCCAGUCCCCCUUAUUCAAAUGACAGAAUUAAAUGAAUUACACCUCUCCUCCUGCGCAGUCACGUACUAUAAAGAGAGGAGGAGUGUAGAUGGUGUGUAUAGAGCAUUAUGUUGCAUAUUUUUUGUAUAAAAAGAUAAGAGAGAGCUUUGCCACAUAUAUAUGCCUCACAAUUUUCUGUCUGACUAGAAUGUAUUUUUGAAACAGAAAAAGGGCAAACUGUUUACAAAGAUAAAGUUUAAGAACUAUGAAUUGUGAGUAGGCGCUGACAUUUUUAUGAUUUUUGGUAUAAAUCUAAAAGAAAAACCUUUGUAUCUCGCUGAUAUUGAUCCAGUCCAUAGUUAGCGAAUACAAGCUUUGGCUAUGCAGAUCUUUAGCACAGGACUGUCUCAGAUGGCUGGAACAAUCUAGACCAUAAAAAGGAACCAUUUUACUUGUAUAUUUACUAUAUCUUUGUGGUUAUUUCAGAUUUUAUACAGACUUGUAAUGCGGCUUCUGAUAUGUCAGUUGUAUUUGUACUUGUAAAUCUGUUCAUGUUCUCUCCCUUUGAACUUUUGUUGUGGACGUCUUCUUUCGUGAACGUUUGUUGUGAUGGUAUUUCUCACCAUUGUUCAGCAUGGGCCCUCUCUCUGCAGCUCUGAUCCUUGUGAGGGGUUUUUACGGGAAAAAAAAAACUUUGGGAUUUUAAAACGUCUUUAAGAGGUGUGAUCUGUGGACGUGGAACACAUGUAUCACUGUUAUUGCUCAUGUUGAAGUUUGCACUGAUCUGAGCAAAAUUGAUCUUUUGGUUUUAGUUUUUAUUUUGGCAAAGAUGUUAUUUGCGAUAACGCAAAGACGUUGUCUUUUCAGCAUGUUAUGCAUGUGAGGACUUUGAAAUGAAUGCAGUAUAUUUUGUGAAUUACUAGAUUCAAAUGACCAAAUAUUUUGAGAUGAAGAAAGAUAUCUAAAUAUAGCUCAGGAAUGCAUUUUUUUCACCAUAUCGUGAGUGGUUUUAUGCCCAUCUCUUGCC